AUGGGGACGGAGCCGACGAUGCUGCAGCGGUGGUCGUCGUCGAUGUGGGGGAUGAGCGGGCGCGACCGGCUGCGGCUGUGGGAGGACAAGGCGUGGCGGGCGCACGCGGGCAUGGCUUUCACGCAGCUCGCCUACGGCGGCUACCACGUCCUCACCAAGUCCGUGCUCAACGUCGGCAUGAACCAGAUCGUCUUCUGCGUCUACCGCGACCUCGUCGCGCUCGCCCUCCUCGCCCCCGCCGCCUACUCCCGAGAGAGGAGGGUGCGGCGCCCCGUCACCCCGCAGCUGCUCGGCUCCUUCGCGCUGCUUGGAUUCACCGGGAUCUUCGGGAACCAGCUCCUCUUCCUGCUCGGCCUCGGCUUCACCAACGCCUCCUACGCCGCCGCGUUCCAGCCCGCCAUACCCGUCUUCACCUUCCUCCUCGCCGCAAUCGUCGGUGUCGAAGUGAUCAACGUCUUCACCAGAGACGGCCUCUUCAAGGUGGUCGGCACGGCCGUGUGCGUCUUCGGCGCCGUCCUCAUGGUCUUCUACCGAGGCCCCUCCCUGAUCGGCCUUGGAGGCGCCAAUGCGCUGGACGGCGCCGACGCGUCGUGGAGCGGCAGUUCCUAUCCUGCUCAGUGGCUGACGCCAGCCACGCUCCAGUUCAGUUUUGGAACCUGGAACCUUGGUGUCCUGUGCCUCUUAGGCAACUGCUUCCUCAUGGGGGCUUAUCUUGUCAUACAGGCCCCGGUGUUAGUAAAAUAUCCCGCGAGCUUAUCCUUGACAGCCUAUUCUUAUUCAUUUGCCACCAUCUUCAUGGUGUUGACUGGGGUAUUUGCAACCAACGGGCUCCAUGAGUGGGCGCUGACAGGGACCGAAAUCAUAGCCGUUCUAUAUGCUGGAGUUGUUGCAUCUUGUCUCAACUACGCAAUCAUGACUUGGGCGAACAAAAUUCUUGGACCAUCUCUGGUCGCCCUCUACAAUCCGCUCCAACCAGCAUGCUCUACCAUCCUCUCAACUCUUUUUCUUGGUACCCCAAUCUAUCUAGGAAGUUUGCCUGCUAUAGAAUUCCCACGAAUUUAUGCAGAACUAAAUGCCCACCUUACCUGCAGCCUCAUUGGAGGAGUCUUCAUCAUUGCUGGUCUAUACCUGGUUACUUGGGCCCGUUACAAUGAGGCGCAGAGAAUACUGAUGUCUGGUUAUCUGAAUCCUCUUCUGGUGGAGGUGGAGGAUGCGCCAGCUCCCAAGAGACAGGAAAAUUCCAGCUCAAUUGAUCCCUAA